AAACAUUUUCGUUUAAUUCUAGGAAAUAAUCUCGCGUGAUCCCCGUGUAAUCUCGUUAGUCGGGCAAGGAGAAAUCACAAGUUAAGAUGUUGACGAGUGUCUGCCGAUCACACAUUCGAAGGUUGGGACUAGGGGUACACCAACAUGUGACCAGAAACAUUGGCAGCACUGCCAUCCUUGCUCAGGAAGCUAAAGAGCCCAUACAGCAACUCUUUGUACAGAAAAUCAAGGAAUUUGAUCAGAAAAAGAAGGCAGCAGGUGGUAAGAUGCAAUUGUCUGCCGAGGCUGAGGCUUCCCUGAAGAGCGAACUAGCCCGCCUUGAGGCUCAGUUCCAGGCAGCCGGCAAGGAUAUGACUGCCUUCCCUUCGUUUAGCUUCUCAGAUCAGCCACUUGAGCGGCCACCACAGCCAGAGAUGGACAAUGAAAAACUACCUCUCUAGAAGUGCUGAAUAGUAUUUAUAUUGACAAUGGAAGUUUAUUACUAGUAUCAUUUCAUACAUCUAAAGAUGUGAAUCUACGUCAACCAUGUGUGUUUUGGUUGACCUUGUUGUAUGGAAGAUUAAUUUUUAAGUAAUAGCAAUUCAUAACGUUAAAAAGAGAAAAAAGAAACAAGUAUGCAUAAGUUAAAUACUUUUUAUUGAUUGUGUAUUGUUCGUUGAUGUAUUUAAAAUGUACAUUGAAAGAGAAAAUAAAUUUGAAACUUUA